AUGGAUGCUAUUACAAGUCGUACAGUACCCAUGCGUUUGUUUGCUAAUUGGGAAACAGAUCGAACAAUUGCUUGUGCCGUACAACGAAUGUUUUCAAUGGCUUUAACUCGUUUAGUAUUUAAUGCAUUUCUUGGAAAUCAGUCCACGGUAGUCAUCACUGUUAAAUUACAGGGAUCGAAGCGAUCUCUUCGUAGUAAUGAUUUUUUAAUUCAAUCCAGGAAUGGCAAAGUUGAUAUAGAUUUAAACAUAUCAUUUACAAUACAGUAUCCACAUUUCUUAAAAAGGAAAGGAAAUAUCUUGCAUAUAUUGCUUCAAAGACGCAAACGGUAUAAAAAUCGACCAAUUUUGGGUUAUAAGACGCUUGCUGUUGGUACAAUUAAUUUAUCGGAAGUGCUGCAAAAUUGUUCUGUUCGUGAGAUUGCUCUUUUUGAUCCGGAUGUAGAAAAAGAUGAAGUACAAAAUAUCAAUCCGGUGGGACGACUUGUAGUUGGAUCUUGUCAAAGUCAAGCAUUCGAAGCUCAAAAUGAAGUGAGUGUACGGAGGAUCAAAGAAAAAGGAUUGGAAAGUGAGGAUGAUGAUGAUAGUUCAUCGGAUCAGGAAACAAAUGAUGAACAGGAGUUGCAAGAUUCGGGUCGCCCAGUAUUGCCAAAGCAAAGGUAUAAGUCGCGGAAAACACAAGAUCGAAAAAUAGCGCGGAAGAAUUUGAAACAGAAAUUCUCAUCUUUAUUAAAAAGAUUUAAAAUUCCCGAAGAAGGAACUGCAGAUUCCGCUUCACGAACCGGUAGUGUGGCGCCAACAGCACAAGAGCUUGAGGAGCUAUUUGAAGAACUGGAUAAUUUAUCGGAUUCAGGACCAGAAAUGGUUAUGGAUAAUUUAAGUAUAGUGAGCAAUCCAAAGCCAGGUUUACGGCCCUACUUUGCAUCACGGGAAAUGCUACCAUCGAUCAGCGAUUGCAAAUAUAAUACUGAAGAAACGGAGAGCGAUGAAGAAGUUAGCACCGAUGUUGAUAAUCUGAUGGUUCCAUCAGCUGGCAUAUUUGGUUCAGUCGAAAAGAAUCAUCAGAGGCUUGCAACGACAUUAGAAACAGUUCCAAGUACUGCCGCAACGAGCGGUGUUCCUCGUCUUCAUUUUAUCACUUCCAAUGUACCAGCAUCAGUUUCCGCUGUUUCAUUUCCUCUUUGUUCACUGAAUUCCGAUCCUACAGGAAAUGUUGCAAAAUCUCAUUGGCAUCCUGUACGUACAACAUCUGUCACCGAUUGGUUAUCCGCUGUUAUACACGAUGAAGAGUCAUGGAAUGUUAGUGAACGUCUGUGGUUAUGUGAUAGUUCUGAUGUCCAAAUUCCAUCAUUUUUUGGUUCCAUUUUCCGCGUAUUGGAUUGCUCAUCGUUCAACGAUUGCCGCUUAUUGAUCUCAUCGAUUGUUGCGAAAAUACAAAAAUUCUGUAACAGCUCAUCAACAUCUCCACCAUGUACAAUUCUUGGUGUAAUUGGUUCAGAAAAAUUAGUUAGCUUUGUUCUUCGUGCCUAUGUUGAAUCGCUGCAAGAUAAAUCAGCUGAAUGGAUCAAUUUUCUGAGAUUUUGUGUGGCCACACAACCCUCCAGUCCGUUAGGCAAAGUGCUUCAAGCAGGAUCUGGUGGUAUAUGUGCACUGAGUGAACUUUUUAUGAGAAAUCCUGAUGAAUCUGUAAUGGCUGAGUUGAAAGCAUUUUCGGAAAGGCUGCAAAAUAUGCCGGAGGGAACAUUUCGAAAAUUACCAAUUGGUGAAGCAAUGUUACAGUUGCAUAGUAAGGCCUUAGUCGAUGAAAAGGAAAGUUCGCAGUUCGUUCCAUUCCUAUCCGAAGUUCGAGUUGGCCAACUGGAAGAAGAUAUGGAAAGCUGUGCAAUGUCUGUACGGCUUAGCGAAGAAGCUCAGGGUGCUUUUGGUGUGCAGCAGUUAUCUCCUCCAUUAACUCCACAUAGUAUCAAAAUAUCUGAUUCGCAAGAUCUACUUAUUGAAUAUUGGAUACCAAAUAAUCAAAAUACUGAAAGCGGUGCAAGCAGUGGCACCUGUAGCGGUAGCACUACUGCAGUGAAGCGUGAGCCUCAGUUUUUGAAAUGCUCAAUUCGAUCGGCAUUUCGUUCAUUCGCAGUAUUCCGGAAACCAUUUAGUAGUCUUCUUUCUUUCCAGUUCGUAAAAGAGCGAAGGCGUGAUAAAAUGUUGCAUAAAUUUGGAAUGAAGAAAGUACAACGAAAUGAAUCAGAUGGUCAAAGUUCAGUUCAGUGUAUUAACAAUGUAGCACGUCUAAUCUGUAGUGGAAAACAUCCGCUUACGGUUUCGAUAGAUGGUUGUGUCUGGUCGGAAAUACGGUUUUUCCAGAUCUCUGCUCAGUGGCAAACACACGUAAAGUAUUUUCCAGUUUGUUUAAUAUCACGAGAUUCAUGA